CCGCGUCGUUAAAUACGAGGGCUUGGCCGCCGCCUCGGCCGCCAACUCCACUCCACCCCCUACCUCUCUCUGGUCUCCACGCCGCGAGGGUGACGGAAGGAGACACGGCGCGAGCGCGAGGGAAGGGGAAGGAAGAGACCAGGCCACCGCGCCGCCGCCGCUUCCUCUGAUCUCCUCCGAUCUCCGCGUCGGCGCCGCCUCAGGCGCGAGGUUGUCAGGUUCAAAGAUGUCGACCAGCACGUUUGCAGCUUCCUGCACGCUCUUGAGCAAUGUUAGAACUCAGGCCUCCCAGACAGUGGUGAAGAGCCCUUCAUCUCUGAGCUUCUUCAGCCAAGGUACACAGGUCCCAAGCCUGAAGACCUCCAAGAAAUUGGACGUUUCUGUGAUGGCUGUCUACAAGGUGAAGCUCGUCACACCAGAAGGACAAGAGCACGAGUUUGAGGCUCCAGACGACGCCUACAUCCUCGACGCUGCUGAGGAUGCCGGUGUGGAGUUGCCAUACUCGUGCCGUGCUGGUGCUUGCUCCACCUGCGCCGGCAAAAUCGAGGCCGGCACGGUCGAUCAGUCGGAUGGAUCCUUCCUCGACGACGCUCAGCAGGGUGAAGGCUAUGUGCUGACAUGCGUGUCCUACGCCAAGUCCGACUGCGUCAUCCACACUCACAAGGAAGGAGACCUGUACUAGGGCUUCACUCUGGCAAGGGACCAAUGCUCUCACGUGUUGUCAAGCAACCUCCAUUUUUCCUAUCAGUUGUGUGAACCGGCUGGCAUCAAACUUGCCUGGCUGUUGUCAUUUAUGUUCCGUUAAUGUAAGUUCAGGGUUGGUGCAUUAAGAUUGGGAACCCAUCGAAAUACUAGCUAGUCAAUAAAAAACUGAUGCGAUGCCAUAGUAGUAUAAUUUCAUGGCUUUUUUAUA